AUGUUUUUAAUGGGGAUUAGAAUCGCUUGCACAUCGGAUUCUAUGGCCUUAUUGUUAAGAUUGAAAGCAAAGCCGGCGCAUAGACUCGCCAUCUUCCAUCUGAACAAGCGACUAGUCCAAUCACAUUAUAGAGAUAGAGCCACUCCCGGCCACGUGACGGUACAGUCGGCGAAGGAAUUGGAAAACGUGGAAACAAUCGGCAAUUGGUUCGAAAAGGUUUUUGCAACCAAGUUCGAAAAUUUACAGGCCCCGGAAAACGCCGCGUUUAGGAAAAUUAUUUUUAAAUUUAACGACGUAAUUAACGGCUGGUUCCUUAAUCGCACCCUCCGUGAAAAAAAGCGUUCGCGCUCCCCGUCGCGUUCGCCGACCAGUUCCAGCGAAAGGCGCAGCAUUUUAAUUACGAGGACGGGCACGGCGUCGUCGGCCUCUAAAGGCAGAGGCACGCCCAUUAACAAAUCGGUCAUAUGGGCCGAACGAGCCGCCACGCCACCAGCGGCGGCCCCAACGCAAAUUUUAACCCCGGCCACGCGUUCGUACCCGAUACGUACGACGUCCGGCAAUGUACCUAACAGCUCCGCAACUCCCUCCCAAUCGGGCCGGGACCGCUCCCAAACCCCGAAACGUUUGACAAAACAGCCGUCCAACCGCAUCCUAAUCCGCGUAAAUAAUAAAUUGCGGAUGGUAACGAGGAAAUUAUACGCGGUAACGACCAAAUUGGCCGAAUUGGUUUCGGUAUUACAUAGUGAAAUCCUAAACGCCAAACGUACCCCCACGGGCUGGGGUGUUACGGUGGCCUUUGAGGAAAUACGGUAA